GUCCACAAAAAAAUGAGCCCACAACAAGCAAUAACCCUAGCGAGGUACAAAUAGAGCAAUUUGUUCAGUUUCUAGGGUUUAUUACUGCAAAUCGAAUUUCUGCAUCCACGCGAGAAAGAUAAUCACAAAUUCUUCACAAUGGGUAAGGUUCAUGGAUCUCUUGCUCGUGCCGGAAAAGUGAGAGGACAAACUCCAAAAGUUGCAAAGCAAGACAAAAAGAAGAAGCCACGUGGUCGUGCUCACAAGCGUAUGCAAUACAAUCGCCGAUUCGUCACCGCCGUUGUCGGAUUCGGAAAGAAGCGUGGACCUAACUCAUCUGAGAAGUGAGGAAAGGUUCCGUUAAUGAAUUAGUUUGUGGAAUGUAUUACGUUUUUGUUUAUUUGAUUUAUGAAUGAAUUGUUGAACUAAGAAAUUUUCUAGACUAUGGUUAAAUGAAAGAGUUGUUUUUGUGACA